AUGAGAAUGAAGCAGAAAUGGCAGAGAAAGCAGCCGAUGGUGAAGACGACGACGACAGCAGCAGCAGCAGCGGCGGCGGUGCUGGUGGUGAUGAUGAUGAUGACGAAGGAGUGAUCACAGAGAUUCGAUUUGUGCCCAGCGACAAGGCGGCACUGGAGUCCAUGUUCUCUGCGAUGUGCGAGUGCCAGGCGCUGCACCCCGACCCGGAGGACUCGGACUCCGACAACGACUUCGAGGGAGAAGAGUACGACGUGGAGGAGGCCGAAGCAGAGCACGGCCACGCUGACAUCCCGAGCUUCUACACCUGCGAUGAGGGUCUGUCGGCGCUCACGCAGGAGGGCCAGGCCACGCUGGAGAGGCUGGAGGGGAUGUUGGCCCAGUCAGUCGCUCAGCAGUACCACAUGGCCGGGGUCCGAACCGAAGAACCAAACGCACAAUUUGAAGGUUUGAGUCAAACACACAGCAGCCUGUUUUUUUCUUUUCUUUAAUAAUUUAUUUAUAAC